AUGCAGGCGCUGGAUUUGAGUCUUCCAAAGAAGACUUCUGGUACCGGUGACCCCGGAUCUUCCUUCAACUCCUCCUUGGACUUAACGGACCAGUCAUCCACGGGAGUAGCAGACCAGAAGGACAAUAGCGCAUGCUUAUCCCCUUCCAAACUCCCCUCCUUCCCAACCGCCCAACUGAUGAAUGAUACUCUGAUCUACUACAAUACCUGGCUGUGGAAUGCGUUCGCAAUGGCGGCUCUGACGAACGGUGCACAGCUGUUGCGACGGACGUCAAAUAUAUCGCCUCCAGCGAUUGCUGAAGUGUGCACAGAUCCGGAACUCUACAUGUACACGACCUAUACGCCAACAGAACAUGCGCAUCCACCAACGCCGGCUGACAAGGUUGCCGUCCCGCCACUUUCACUCGGUGAGGAAAAAAGUGCUACUUUAAUUAAGUUAGUACGAUAUAUAUAUAUAUGCUCAUUAUGUUGUGAUGUUGAAAGGGGCAAAAUGCGGUCACCAGCGUAUAGCCAUUGGCAGAAACACUGUAGCUUCCGUGCGUUUGCUAAAAACAUAACGAAACAAAUAUAA